AUGAGACUGUGUAAUGUGCUUAGUCAGCGUUAUGUGGAUUACCUUGAGAAAUCCAAAGAUAAAAAAUUGAACCAUGAGGGUCAUCAAGCAACACAGUGUUAUUGUCUUAAAAAUACCUCGAACUUCCUCUCUCAAGAUCCAUGGGAUAACUUUGAUGAUGCCAAUAUAAAAUUGGUCCUGGAAGAUGCUCUGCGUUACAAAAAGAUAUCCAAAUCGGAGACCUUGAAAGAUGUUCAGCCUUUCUUUGAUAACAGCUCAGAUGUUAAUACUGAUGAAAGAGAUGGUUCUUGUGGUACUCAGUCAGUUUUACCAAUUUCUUGUGGACAAUAUGUUGAUAAUUUUAGUGAAAAUACUGAAGAUUCUGGUACACCAAUAAGCUCAAAUAGGAUCCCUCAGAAGUAUGUGAAUCUCACAAUUAGUGGCAUCCCCAUCAGUAAACGAUUAUAUGAAUCAGCAGCAGUUGCUAAUGCUGCAGAGCUAUUUAAGCUCAUAUUUCUCUGUAGCUCAAAGUCUCCACUUGUGCCAACCUUGCUUGCUGAAACUUUAAGGCGCUAUUCUGAGCAUGAUCUCUUUGCUGCUUUCAACUACCUCAGGGAGAAAAAAGUUUUGAUUGGGGGCCAUUCCAAUUGUCCUUUUGUCCUUUCUCAAACCUUCUUGAAUUGUAUAGAAUUUUCUCCAUUCCCAAGUGAUACCGGAAAAAGAGCUGCUAAGUUUGCUAGCUGGCUUUGUGAAAGAGAGAAGGAAUUGAUUGCUGAGGGGGUGGAUCUUACAACGGAUUUGCAGUGUGGAGAUGUUUACCACCUUCUUGCUCUGCUUUCUUCAGGAGAACUAUCUAUUGCACCAUGCCUACCCGAUGAAGGUGUUAAAGAGGUUGAGGACUCCCGGACAUCUAAACGCAAGAAUGAUGACAAUGAAUUUUCUGACAGUGACAGGUAUAAAAAGCUGAAAACUUCAAUGGUUAGUGAUAGUGAGCUUUGCUCACGCCGGGCAAAAGAUCAUCAAGCCACUGAUAUUGGCAGUGUCUCAUUCGACUCAGAUGACCAAGUAAAUGAACUUCAUGAUAGAGGGGUCCCAUAUACCACAGUUUCUCCGACCGAGUCACCAUGGCAAGCCAUAACGACCUAUGUUGAACGUGUUUGUUCCUUUGGUUCUUGUGUGGAACAGAACUCUCUGGUAUAUCCGAAAAUGUUUAGAUCUGUUUAUUCAGCUAUCCAAGUGGCUGGUGACCAAAAUUUGUGCAUGAAAGAUAUCUCGAUGAUUCUAAAGAUGCAAGAUAAAAAGCUUUCUGAAGCUGUCAUUGAGGUGCUAGAAGCAUUUGGACGAGUUUUGAAGGUCAAUGCUUACGAUUCUAUUCGGGUGGUUGAUUCUUUAUAUCGUUCCAAGUACUUUUUGAUUCCAGUGGCUGCUAUUCAUGAAGAUGCUACAUCAUCUCCUUAUGAAGAUUCUGAGGCUAAAAGAGAUGAGGAGUCUGCUACACAUAAUGGAGAAAAUCAUAAAGAUGUGGAGUUGCAGAAGGAAAUACGUGGGAAUUCUGAUAAGGUACACAAAGUCACAAUUCUUAAUCUUCCUAAAGCGGUUGUUGAACCUUCAAGUGAAAAGCAAACCAUCAAUGAGGCAAAAGGUUUUCGGCCUCCUGAAGCUAGUUCACCCACAAGAAAUCACCCAGAAGAACCAUAUGAUCUCCGCUCUACUGGUUUGCAUUUGUGUAAGCCAAUAUUGCCUUGGCUAAAUGGUGAUGGUACUACAAAUGAACGUGUCUACAAGGGUCUUGUACGCCGUGUUCUUGGCAUAGUGAUGCAAAAUCUGGGAAUAAAAGAGGGUGAUAUUAUCUGCCACAUGCAUGUUCUGAAUCCUCAGAGUUGCAGAAGUUUGUUAAACAUGAUGGUCCUGGAUAACGUUAUCUUUGUGGGUAAGAUUCCUCAGGCAAAUCCAAGCGGAGCACCAGCAAUUCUGAGUAGUCUUAUUGGUAGCCAUUUCAAGAAAUCGAAGUUAAUUUCAAGGGAACAUUUCUUUGCAAACCCCUCUAGUACACACCUGUUGUAA